AGAACCUAGACGCCUUUGCGAUCCGGUGGGACUCCUUUACAUUAUCCACAUGACUCUCCACUUCCCCAACCAUCCAACACAAGAUUACACGAGUUUCAAAUCAUUGAAUACAGAAAUGAAUGAUCAUCGUAGCUCCCAUUUCUCAGAAAUCCUAAUUCCGCAACAAAAAAGCUACAUCUCUAUUUCUUUUCCUUCGGUUAUCUCGCCAAACCCAUCAACUAUUCCCUUUUCUUUGUCUCUUUUGACUGAAACGAUCAAAACCCAGAAAGACUUUCUUGAUUCUCUGCUGCAUAGAGCCGGAGCUGUGCUUUUUCGAGGAUUUGAUGUGAAGACGGCAAAGGAAUUCAACGACGUCGUUGAGGCUUUUGGGUACGAGGAGCUGCCGUACGUGGGUGGUGCAGCUCCUCGGACCAACGUUGUUGGUCGGGUUUUUACCGCCAAUGAGUCUCCGCCUGAUCAGAAGAUUCCUUUUCACCAUGAAAUGGCUCAGGUUCCUGAGUUUCCAUCCAAGCUGUUCUUCUUCUGUGAAGUAGAGCCUGGAAGUGGAGGAGAAACUCCGAUAGUCCUGAGCCACAUUGUCUAUGAAAGGAUGAAACACAGGCACCCUGAAUUUGUCGAAAAAUUAGAGCAGCAUGGAUUGAUUUAUACAAGGGUGCUAGGGGAGGAGGAUGAUCCUUCAUCACCUAUCGGCCGUGGUUGGAAAUCCACGUUCUUGACUGAUGACAAGAACCUGGCUGAAGAAAGGGCUGCUAAGCUGGGAAUGAAAUUGGAAUGGACAGAGGAUGGUGGAGUGAAAACAAUCAUGGGUCCGAUUCCAGCUAUUAAGUAUGACGAAUCAAGGCAACGCAAAAUCUGGUUCAACAGCAUGGUAGCUGCAUACACAGGGUGGGAAGACAAGCGAAACGAUCCAGUUAAGGCAGUGACUUUUGGAGAUGGCAACCCAUUGCCAGCUGAUGUAAUUUAUGAUUGUCUGAAAAUCCUGGAAGAGGAAUGUGUUGCCAUUCCUUGGCAGAAAGGCGAUGUUCUGCUGAUAGAUAACUGGGCUGUGCUUCAUGCCAGAAAGUCAUUCAAUCCACCUCGCCGCAUAUUAGCUUCACUUUGCAAGUAGUGAAGGUGAAGUAUUUUCUUGUGGAUAAUUUUCUAUAUGCGAAAUAUAUAUUAGAUGGUCUAGAUUAAAAGUUCUCUGCUUGUACACUAUGCCUGUUAUUGUAACCUUGUGUAGCCAUUUUCAACCAAGUCGAAACUGGAAAAGUUAGAACCUGUAAGUGUUGACAUAAAAUUGGUGCUUAAUGCCAUCCAAAUGUUGUUGAAUCUGAUCCAUAAUUCUUAAAUAUAAUGCUGCUGGUUCAUCAUCA